CUUCUACGAAAGCCUGGGAAACAAUGAAGAGGAAAGAAGGAAAGAGCUGUUGCAGAUGAGAAAAGAGCGAGCUCAAUGGCGGCCACACCUUUAUCAGGCCUUGCAGAAAGCUCUAAGGGAUGUCCGAGCAUCGAAAUACGAGGAGAGUGACAAUACGUGGAGCCCUAGUAAUAAACAGAAAAGGAAGAUUGUGGCUGUGCCCGAGGAGGACAUCGAAAGAACAAGUAAUAGGCAGAAAAGAAAAGCUUUGGUCGAGGCUGCCGAAGACAACAUCGAGAUAGUAGAUGAUGAAACAUGUUAUAGAUGCCUUUGAGAACAAUGGGAGUAGAACAGCGCAAUAAGGAUAUCAUCAUUUUUUGUAGAUUGUUUGUUUCUCUGUUCUGAUUGUGGCUAUUUUUCAUGUAUAUUCUGGACACAGAAGAUAAAUGAGUUGUCAUGAA